AUGGAUUUGUCACACAAAAUGGACUACCUGGAAGCAUGGAUGGCCAAUGUUGAUGGUACGGUCCCAUGUGAUGAUGAGAACGUACAGGUGCCACCAGCACAUACCAGCAGAAUGGCCAACAUUCGGAACCCCUCUUCCCAGCCUCUGAUCGAUAUAUCGGAGCAUGAUCGCCCGGUAUCUUAUUCGUCAGACGAAGAAUCGUCCAGUAAUCAGAACUCACCUUACCGCCGAGCUCCCGAGCCUACGCGCAAUACUCCUCCCGCCCUGCAUCGAUCUAAAGGAGGUAGUGAAGCUACCAGCAGCGUGACAGAGAGCGAGGCCAGUACCUUACAACAGGUACACCUUUCUCCAAAGAUAACCCGAUCGGACUCUGUAAAGUUUUCCAAAUCAGCCAAUGGAAAUGCCGGACGUAAGAGCUCGCAUCCAAUCGGCAGUUCCCAAACACCUCCAAAGCCGUCCAAACGAGUGCCAAGUUUGAAGCUCAAACGUAUGAACCUCGGUGUGAACUCAGAUAAGGCCGACGGAACUAUGCCGUGUCUACCAAAGUGUACGAAUCGUCCCACAAAUCCUUCCAUUACUAUAACGAUAGAGUCUGACGAGGAAUCUGUAUACAGCGACUAUCUCAGCCCAGACAUGAACUACAACAAUGAUAUUAAAGUUCAUUUUGUAGGGGACGAAACGUCCCUGUACGGAACACCAAAGGAAGAGCUCUUACCUGGAUCAGGGGAGACCUCAUCUACAGACCAAAAGACUAGUCCAACAAGCUACUUGAAAGAACAAUUCAUUUCUUUUUUCCAACCCUCGGAUAAUAAAUUAGCCAUGAAAUUGUUUGGAAAUAGGAAUUCUUUAAUGAGGGAGAAGAUGCGACACAAACGAGUAGGAAAUUGGGUUAUACAUCCGUGCAGCAAUUUUAGAUUUUAUUGGGAUCUAUUUAUGUUAGUUCUUCUCAUCGCCAAUCUCAUCAUACUUCCGGUUGCCAUAUCGUUUUUCAACGACGAUUUGAGCACUCACUGGAUCGUGUUCAAUUGUAUAUCUGAUACAGUCUUCUUUCUAGAUAUCGUUAUCAAUUUUAGAACGGGUGUGAUAUUAAAUGACUUCGCCGAUGAAAUCAUAUUAGAUCCAAAAUUAAUUGCAAGACAUUACGUCAAAUCCUGGUUUUUCCUUGAUUUGAUAAGUUCCAUUCCAAUGGACUAUAUUUUUCUUAUGUGGGAUGCAGAGGCAGACUUCAACCAGCUUUUCCACGCAGGUACGACUGCUUCAAUGGGCCCAUCGCCAUACUGGCAAGGGAGAGCACUCCGAAUGCUGCGUCUGGCUAAGUUGCUAAGUCUACUUCGACUUCUCCGGCUUUCCCGCCUCGUGCGCUAUGUUCAGCAAUGGGAGGAGUUUUUAGCAUUUGCAGGGAAGUUCAUGCGGAUUUUUAACUUGCUUUGCCUAAUGUUUCUUCUGGGACAUUGGAAUGGCUGUCUCCAAUUCCUUAUACCAAUGCUGCAGGACUAUCCUGACGAUUGCUGGGUAUCUAUAGAGGGGCUGAAGGAAGCUCAUUGGGCGGAGCAAUACACAUGGGCUUUAUUUAAAGCUCUUUCCCACAUGCUAUGCAUUGGGUAUGGCCGGUUUCCACCCCAAAACAUGACGGACACUUGGUUGACAAUACUGAGUAUGCUUAGUGGGGCUACAUGCUAUGCACUAUUCCUCGGUCAUACCACCACCAUCAUUCAGUCCUUCGACACAUCGAGACGACUCUACAAUGAAAAGUUCAAACAAGUAGAGGAGUACAUGAUAUACCGGAAGUUACCCAGGCGCUUGCGCCAGAAGAUAUCCGAGUACUACGAACACAGAUACCAGGGGAAGAUGUUUGACGAAGAGAAUAUACUUUGUGAACUGAACGAAUGUCUCAGACAGGAUAUCAUUAACCACAAUUGCAGAGCACUGGUGAAAUCUGUGCCGUUCUUUGCUAAUGCCGACCCCCAAUUUGUGUCUGAAGUGAUAAGUAAAUUGAUCUUUGAGGUUUAUCAGCCGGGUGAUUACAUUAUACGUGAAGGGACAAUGGGGACCAAAAUGUACUUUAUAUCCGAGGGGAUCGUGGACAUUAUCACAAUUGACAAUGAAGUUGCAACAUCCCUGUCGGAUGGGUCGUACUUCGGUGAAAUAUGCCUGCUGACCAACGCUAAAAGAGUAGCCAGUGUGAGAGCAGAGACAUACGUCAGUGUGUAUUCAUUAUGUGUAAAUCACUUCAACAUAGUGCUAGAACGUUACCCGGUCAUGCGUAGAACUAUGGAAAGUGUUGCCGCAGAACGCUUGACAAAGAUUGGUAAAAAUCCUAGUUUGGUAAGCAGUAGAGCCGACCUAGAGGAGGACCAGAAACUCGUGAAUGAGAUUGUAAUGGAGUCUACUCCUGUCGUAACCAGUGCUAGUGAAGAUGAAGAUAAGGACUCAGACGAUAGUUCAGAGAGUUCAAAAAGCUCUAGAAAAAAGAGGAAAUUUAAAUUUGAUUUCACGGGGAAACUUCAUCGUAUCACAGAGGAAAGAAAAUCGAAAUCGAAAGAGAGUCUAAGAGAUUUAGAUAUACCUAACGGGAAAGUCAGUAGAAUGAAGAAGGCGCCCUCUGGUCCGAAUUUGUUUGGACUUAAAGUUCCUCAUUUUCCCGAAAGGCGGCGUUCAGGUAGUGUUGGUGCUGAUUUAAAUAGAAUGCAACAGUCCUCUUGUUCAGAUGAAUCGCGCAGAGACUCAGAUCCUGAAGACUUAAAAGAGGGCAAUAGGAGGUCCAGUUUCCUGGGUACAAAAUUGUUCAAACCAUCAGAACAAAAACACAAAAUUAAGAAACCUAGAGACAAACGAAAGUCAACAGAUGAUUCGCCGCCAUCAGAUGGCAAAGGCGCGAUGAAAUUUCUGAAAAUACCUGACCCCAAGGAAACAAAAGAACAAAAACAAAAAACUAAGGAAGAAAUGGCGUUUCAUCGAAGAAGUAUGGGCGACGGAGAGGAAUCAACAGAAAAACUCCCAAAAACGUCUUGUAUGGCACAACCAAAGGAGCCAGUGAUUUCUGAAAAAUCCCCAACUCGUCCUACAGAACUUGAUCCGACGACCAAGGCGAAUGAGCCUAGUAAACAAAGCGUUCCUACUGUCAAGGUAGACAGCACCAAGCCGGAAUCCUCGCGGUUAUAG